CUUCCCAGUGCAAAUAUCUUGGUGACAAGAUGGCGAUGGGAGGGAGUUUUCCAAUUUAGUGGAGACAGAAAUUGCCUCAAAGGUUCAGCACAUCAAAAUGUCCUCCACGGAACACCAUAUUUGUACAAUUUGCCAUGAUGAUGGAAUCUCCAAAAGAGCAGUCAGCUGGUGCACAGAAUGUGAGGUUUUCUUUUGUGGAGACUGUGAAAAACCUCACAGAAAGUCUAGGCUUUCUAAGAACCAUAAAACCAUGUCAGCUGAAGAUUACCAAAAGUUACCUACAUUCAUGCAAGAAAUAAGUAGUCAGUGCAGAGACCACAAGAAGAAGUUUGAACUUUAUUGCUCUUUCCAUGCCUGUCCGUGCUGUGUCCAGUGCAUCACUGAUAAACAUCAGAAAUGUCAAGAAAUGAAACCACUGUCAGAUGUUCUAAAACAAGUUAAAUCAUCUGCCUCGGUUCAGCUUCUCGAAAAAGACUUGAAGGAUGUUAAAGAAAAUUUAGAUAAGACAAUAAAAUAUUUAAAAACAAGGAUCAGUACAAACAAUACUCAGAAAACAAAAGCCGUUGAGGAAAUCCGACAUAUGAGAAAGUCGAUAGACGAUUUUUUUACCAAAUUAGAGCAAAAUAUACUCGAUGAAUUGGAGUCUAAACAUUCAAAGCUGAAAUCAAAGAUGAGCACUCUUGUAUAACAAAUGGAACAGCGAGCCAGUAAGAUAAAGCAAAUGCAGGAUGAGUUUACCAAAAUGAAGCAAUGUGCAACUGAGCUGCAAAUGUAUGUUGGCCUAAGAGAAAUCGAGAAAGCUACUUCACAAACGGCAAAAUAUAUAGACGAUUUAGAAAGAGAAGACCACUUUAAUGAAAGGAACUUAGAAGUUAACAUUUCAUCUGGACUUAAAUCAAUUUUACAAGAUAUCAAGUCGUUUGGAGAUAUAAAUAUUAAUAACUGCCCUUCUACUCUCUGUGUAAAGGCCGAAAGAAAAGGUCAAGCCCAGCACUUGGUUAAAAACAUUCCUGGAAUUGAAAAAAUUAAGCCAUUGUUGUUGAGAACACUGACAAUUCCAAACAAUAUGCAGUCCUUAAAUAUAACGGCUUGUUUAGCAUUACCUAAUGGUAAAUUUAUGAUACUUGACCUCAACAAAUUUCAACUACUGAUGUUCAGUAAUAAUGGCAUCUUUAUCAGAAAAGUAAUGUCAUUCUCUACAGGUCCAGUGGAUGCUUGCUUUGUCAGAAAUGAUAUAGUGGCUGUGGCAUUUGGAAUAAAAAACCAGACAGCAGUGGUGGAUGUGGAAAGGAAUAAAAUCAUUCAAACUAUUAAACUUCCUCAUAUAAGUUCAGCAGUAGCAAGUGAUGGUCAAAUAUUGGCCAUCAGCGCCAUCAAUGAUAGUACCAUAGUAAAUCUGAAUGAUAUGUCUCAUACAAUCUUACAAGGUGUUGGGGCCAAUUAUAGUGCAGUAUUUAAAGGAAAUAUCUAUGGUAUCAUUCAAUCUGAGAACAAUAUCUGCUGCUACAAAAAAACUGGGGAACCUCUAUGGACAUUUCAGCAUGACAUUGACAUACUAGGAGGACUUGCAUUAGACAAAAAUGGCUUUGUUUAUAUAGUUUCUCGUGGAGACAACGGCAUCGUGGUAGUUUCACCAGACGGCAAAACCUGUAAAACCAUACUAUUAGAAGAUGAUGGUAUUAACUUUCCUGAUGUGAUAGACAUCAACAAAGAAACAGAAAUGAUGAUAGUUUCAGGUCAGGUGGAUGAUGGUAGUAGAUCCUAUUAUUCAGCUUUCGUUUAUAAAAUCUAAAAUGUGUCUAAUGAAAUAAGUAACUAUAAAAAUGAAAGUGAUGACACAUUAUGUGAAACAGUGUGUGUUGAUAAAAUAUAAGAUAUAACUUUUUUCUUUAUUUUAUAAAUAAAAAUUACCACACGGA